UUCGCUGCGGACGAAUCGAUCGAUCUUCGGGAUCGAUCGCCAUGGCGCAGCAAUCGCUUGCCUUCAGAGUGAUGAGGCUGUGCCGCCCUUCCUUCCAGGCCGAGGACGCCCUUCUUCGCCUCCAUCCGGCCGAUCUCCUCGCCGGGGAGGACCUCCUCGACGUCUCCUCCCUCCCGCCUAGCCUCCUCGAUCCACGCGGAGGGGCGGAUUUUAGCUUCCGUGACCGAUUCCAGCUCGAAAACCCCACUGACGCCAUGGCGCUCUCUGGCCUCCUUGUCCUCCCCCAGUCCUUCGGGGCGAUAUAUUUGGGAGAAACAUUCUGCAGCUACAUCAGCAUUAACAAUAGUUCUAGCUUUGAGGCCAGGGAUAUUAUCAUCAAGGCAGAAAUCCAAACAGAAAAGCAACGGAUACUACUAUUAGAUACAUCAAAAACGCCUGUUGAAUCAAUACGGGCAGGUGGAAGAUAUGAUUUUAUUGUUGAACAUGAUGUCAAGGAAUUGGGGCCUCACACGCUUGUUUGCACUGCUUUGUACAACGACGGCGACAGUGAGCGCAAAUAUCUGCCACAAUUUUUCAAGUUUGUUGUGGCAAACCCCCUCUCUGUUCGAACAAAGGUUCGAACCGUUAAGGAAAAUACAUUUUUGGAGGCAUGCAUUGAGAACCACACAAAGUCCAACCUUUAUAUGGAUCAAGUUGAGUUUGAACCGGCACCGCAAUGGUCAGCUACAAUACUGAAAGCAGAUGAACAUUCUUUAGAGAGAAAUUCUAAAACAAGAGAUAUAUUUAAGCCACCGGUUCUUAUUCUAGCUGGUGGAGGAAUAUACAAUUAUCUUUAUCAGCUAAAGCAUGCAUCACAUGAGUCUGGGCAUACAAGGAUUGAUGGUAGUAAUAUUCUUGGAAAGCUGCAGAUAACAUGGCGUACAAAUUUGGGUGAAUCCGGGCGUCUUCAGACACAGCAAAUUCUAGGCACUCCUGUUGCUCACAAAGACAUUGACUUGCGAAUUGUGGAAGUUCCAGCUGUUGUCAUUCUAGAGAGACCCUUUCUGCUGCAUUUGGUUCUCACAAGCCAGACGGACAAAACUGUGGGUCCCUUUGAAGUUUUUAUAUCUGAAAGAGAUUCGGGUGAGGAGAAGUUUGUCAUGGUUAAUGGCAUCCAGAAAUUGGUUCUACCGCCAUUGGAGUCAUUUGGUUCUACAAAUUUUGACAUGAAUAUGAUUGCAACAAGGCUAGGGGUCCAAAGAAUAACAGGCAUCACAAUUUUUGACACAAAGGAAAAGAAAGCUUAUGAUCCAUUGCCAGAUCUGGAGAUUUUUGUGGAUGCAGUUUAAAGCUUUGAAUGCACAGCCAUGCAGUUAAUGGUUUUGUACUCCAAACACCAAAGAAAGGAUUAUAACUUAAUAUACUUUUUGUCUUCAAUUUCUCCUUAAGCUUGUUGUGCCCAAUUUAUUUGUUUCAUCAGCUAAAUCAAUCAUAGUGUUUUGUAGUUCUCAUAGGCUGAGGCAUCUGCAGUUGCUUGUUUGGAAACUAAUACCUUUUCUCCAACAAAUCCAUAUUCUCUAUCAAAUGCACCUAUUUAUUUCUUUUUUCCCCCCUAAAAUUCUCUGCUCCAAUAUAUAUAAUUAUCACUGAACAUGAGUCUAGAGCAGGUGCAGUUUGUCAUGCCAUGACACUAGAGACAGCUCAAUAACCUAAACGAAGCCCUAGUUUUUACACAAGAAUUGUUCUUGAAUGACUUAUAAACUGUUAGGAUUAGUGAUUAUCAUUCUUUAACUCCAAGUUACUGUAUAGUGUAUACCAUUGGGAGGCAGUCAUUCUAUACUAUGGUUUUCUCUUAUCCAUUAUUCUACAAGUGUUUGAUCUCUAGCUACCAGGAGUUUCUCGUCAUCUUUCCAACUUGUGAAAUGAUGGUAUCUCUAAUGUUUUUCUCAUCUAACAGUAUAAGCAUAUGCUUGCCGGCUUGCCCAUCAAUGCAGCUUUACAGUCGGUGAGUCACGUAAAAUCAUUGUGUCGAUCUAUUGCUUUGUAGUUUGGUUUGUUUAUUUGAAGUAUUCUUGUCGCAUAAACAUUGUGUUAGCACUAACAAUUGUAGUGAAUUGAUCCAGCAGUUUAUAGUA